AUGCUCUCGACCUCGCCGCACUGCGCCGCGUCGGGCGUCGGUGGCCUGCCAUUACCGCAGUUGAAGCGCAAACGCUCUGAUUCUAGCGAUUCCGCCUCCGCUCGAGAUGCCCCGGUCGCAACCAAGCUGCGCGCCGACGAUGCGCCCUCAAAACCCGUCAGCUUUCAGCAAGACCCUUCGCUACCUGCUACCAGCGCCGUGACGGUGUCGCACCCAGCUGGGACGGACGGGACGGACGGUCGCGCCCAGCCGAUCUCGGAGUUGUCGCAUUCGUCGCAUUCUGGUCAAAGCGCGAUUACAAAUACCUCGGAGAUAACGAAGCAGAAUGGCACUUCCCCAAAGAUCGACGCGGACUCGCUGCGCGAGACCCUUGAAGCGCAGCUGAGUCUGGAGGUGUUGUUGAAACACAAUGAGCUGAGGCUGAUUGAUCAAGAGAUUGCCAAGUGCCAGGUUGCACUGGAGCAACUCCGUCGAUGUGCCGAAAUACCAUAUCCGGGAUCCAGUGUGGCAGGCUAUUCGCAGUCGGUCAGCAAUGGUACGGGUGCUGCGGUCUGGGCUCCUGAAAAUGGGCCUGCGCCGCAGUCGCCCGCGCCAUGGGGUGUCGUGGAGGGUCCUUACUCUCGCCACUACUCUAGAUGGCUACUACCUGAUCCUCGAUUCGACGGUGGCGAAGUUGAGCCCGAGACCUCUCUAAGUGGGCUGCCUCUGAUGGAAGGCCGCACGACGCGGGGGAGUUCGGGCGAUUUGGGCUCGCUGGCUGGCAAGACACGACCUCAGCGUGGCUCGGCAAGUGCUAAGCUCCAGGCUCUGCCUAACGGUUACCCAGCGCCUAAAGACAAGGCGGGUCCCAUGCUUAUUCGACGAAAGUCGGAUAAUGUACUCGUCAAGCUGGUAUGUCUGGACUGCGGUCGGGACAAUUUCUCCAGCACUCAAGGAUUCAUCAACCAUUGUCGCAUUGCACAUAGUCGGAAUUACACCAGCCAUGAUGCAGCGGCAAUGGAGUCUGGCAAGCCCGUUGAAGUCGACGAGGCUGGUGCCGUCGUUGGCGGCCGGGUGGAGAGCGUCAGUGCAGCAGGCACAGGCGGGUUCGUCCACCCGCUGAUCCGGACUGCACAUGGCAUUGAGCCGUCAUCCAAGACACCGUCCUCUGCGUCUGAAGCGGCGGGCGAUAACGCAACUCCCCGGAAGCGAUCCUGCCCGAGCCGACGGGCAUCGACCGGGGUGGAAACUCCUCGUGCGGCUGCCCGUCCCCAGUUGGAAAAUCGCCGCGGCACACCUGCUGCCGCUGCCGCUGCCGCUUCAAGUCAUACUUCGUUCCUGGGCUCGCCCGCCACCCCUCACCUGUCGUCUCUCAUGCAGUCCCGGGGCGUGGGGCUCGACCUUGAUCGGUUGGUCGGGGAGGCAAAGACGACGGUGGAUCUCGACGAGUACUCUUCGGACGAGGGCGAGUCAGACAGCGAGUCUGUGGCACCACCGGAAGCGAUGAGUCACGAGCAGAAGGCGGCUGCAGUCCGUGCGGGCAGGCAACCCAUGCGGACCACGGCCUCGCAGACUGCGCCCCAGCGCCCGGGUAGCCGCAAGGGGCUCGAUAAAACGAGUCACAAACCUUUUUCCCUUGAGUCAUUAACCCCGACCAAACCUGUUCCCUACCAAUCCCCCUAUGGAGCGGUGUCCCGGCUGCCGCAGCUGGACGGGCUGCGAGAGAUGGACGGGACGGAGCCUUCGUCCAACCUCAGCCCAAACACAAUCGAAUCGAACCAGGCGCCGAGUCUCGUCAGCGAUGACGACGAUUAUGAAGCGGCUUCGGAUUCGGAGAGUCCUGGGCCGAGCUCGUCGGAGGCGGGCGAUGCGGAGGAGGAUUUUGGUCAUAUUGGAGUGGAGGACGACGAGGACAGCACGACGUCCACGACGGCGCCGGAGGCCAAGUCGGACAUGGGCAUGUUCCGGCGCCGGAAUAAGAAGAAGAAAGAAGGGGUCAUGUCGGCCUCACUUGGACCAUUGAGUCGCAGCCGGGAUGAGAAGCGAGUGAGCUUUGCGAGCCCGGAUGCGAGCCCUGCUAAGGGCAAGAAGGAUAGUCCGCGCCGGCCUAGCGGACGAUAA